UCGAUUUUACUUGAGCAAAAGAAAUUGAGAGAAUGAGUGUGUGAAAGAUAAAAAGAGAAAUAUCGUGAAAAAUAGUCGACAGAUAUUGAGUUACGGAAAGCAGUUUAUAAUGUCACUUAACACCCCUGUCUUGAUACAAGUGGUGGUUACUUCAAGAUCAAGACGAUGCUGUAUGCUGUAUGAGAUCCCUAUUAACACCUUUAUUUUAUGUUAUCUAUGGAAUUAUACCAAUUUCUUUCUUAAUUUUCCGAAAUUUUUCAACUUUUGUAUAUCUUUGUAUUUCAAUCUCACACGAACUAAACACGUAGCAAGUGUGUAAUGAAUUUUAUAAGUGUUAAUUUUUUAUUUAAAUCAAACCACGUGUAUCUUGUGAACUAUAAAAAUGUCAAAGUGUUUUUAAAAGUGAUACGAUGGGAACGUGAAAAGAAAAUUUGUUAUUUCGACGAUUUAAAUUGUCGAAUUAAAGUUAUUCAAAAUAAUUCGAUUUAUUAGAAAUAAAUAAUCGUCGAGUAAAUUAAGCAAAACGUUUACGUUUUGUCGCAUAAAACGUAAAAAAAUUCUUCGUCAAGGAUUUAAAAAAGAAAAAAAAUCUAUAAAGAAAAAGGAAUAUAGUAAAAAAAGGAAAAAAAUUUAGGAAAAUUUUCACACGAUAAGAUGUUAUCUACGAUGUCGAGCAUAGCUCUUGAAUUAAACUCGUCAUUUUAUACAACCGUAAUAAGAAAUAGCGCUGUCGAUGAAUUUUCAGUUUCAGUUAUUGAACCUAAGAAUGCAACUUCUACGCUUUACAUGUUACCUAUGUACAUUAGAACAACUUCUAUGGUUAUUUGCAUAAUCGUUAUGGCACUUGGAAUAAUAGGAAAUCUAAUGGUACCAUUGGUCGUUCUUCGUGGGAAAGAUAUGAGAAACAGCACCAAUAUUUUUCUCGUAAAUUUGAGUGUGGCAGAUUUGUUCGUCCUUUUAAUAUGCACCCCAACCGUAUUAGUGGAAGUGAAUUCUGGACCACAAGUUUGGCCACUAGGAGAACACAUGUGUAAAGCUGUUCCAUUUGUGGAAUUGACUGUAGCACAUGCCUCAGUUUUAACAAUUUUGGCCAUUAGUUUUGAACGAUACUAUGCGAUUUGUGAGCCGCUUAGGGCAGGAUAUGUUUGCACGAAGGCUAGAGCGACAUUUCUUUGCCUUUUAGCUUGGGUAGCAGCAGCCCUUUGCACAAGUCCGAUACUUUUAAUGGUAAACUACGAGUUAGAAGAAGUCGACGAUACGUUUAUACCAACCUGUUACACUUCAGCCGAUGCAACAUGGAUGAAUGUUUUUGUUCUUACAACGAUAAUCGUCUUUUUCGUGAUACCAUUGUUAAUUCUAAUGGUUUUGUACACAGUGAUAGCAUUACAUCUAAUGGCAAAUCCAGCGAUAAGCCGUGGUCCAGCUAAUAAUUUGUUGAAAUAUCGUAAACAGGUAGUAUUAAUGUUGGGUACUGUUGUAUUAUGUUUUUUUCUUUGUUUAUUACCAUUUCGAGCAUUAACUUUAUGGAUAAUUGUAGUACCUCAAGAAAUGAUAAUCAAUCUUGGAAUCGAAGGAUAUUAUAGUUUGUUAUAUUUCUGUAGAGUAAUGUUAUAUUUAAAUUCCGCUAUUAAUCCUAUUUUAUAUAAUUUAAUGUCUACUAAAUUUAGAGAAGGUUUUUUGAGACUUUGUGGAUUAGGUCCUACAAGGAAAAGAAAGAAAAAGACUUCUGAUAGAACUGGAACAUACACAACUGGUUCAACUAAUUGUAGUAGCAGUAAUCAUUCUGAUUUCUGGAGAAGACAUAGCAGUAAUAAAAGUAGCAAUGUUAAAGUACCUAGUAAUACUUGUACCACUGUAUCCGUGGAAAAACAAAUUAAUGUACCGUUAAUCACUGCUGUUGUCACUGGAAAUAUUGUUAAAAAAAAACAGGAAAGUUAUGUUUAAUAAUAAUGCAAAAAAUCAUAGUACAAUAGAGCGUCGAUUAUUCAAAUUAAUUGUUAGACAAAUUUCUUUCAAAUAAUCGACCUGAAAUAAUCAAAUUUCUAAUUAUGUCAUAAAUCAAUUAAAAAUUAAGCAAUUUAGUAAUAAGUCUAGAUGACUUAUGAGUAAACAAAUAUGUAUUUAAUAAUAAGGAAAGUGUAAUACAUCAAAAAUUAGACUUUCUUAGAUAUUGCCAAAUCGUGAAUUUCAUACAAUAUAAACAUUUUUAUAACAUCUACUUCAUUUCGAUGUUUAGCUUCAACUAUGUAUUGGAAUAUUAAUAUGUCUCGUCGUAUCUUCGUUUAUACUGAAUAUUUGUGUCGUGGAAUCAAAAACCUUCUUGCCAAAUAUAAUAGUUAUUCGUAAAAAAGUUAACCAAUAGUUUAAUGUUUAAAACAAUCAUCCAGAAAGUGAAAAAAUUCGAUCAAGUCCAGUUAAUCUAGUACAUUGUUUCUCGAACUAUUUUCCUAUAUGACCCACCAUUUUGUGUUAAAUUUUUUCGUAAUCCCUGGAUAGACAGUAUAAACGUUAUAUUUUUAUAAAUAAUAUAAUCUCAUUUUACUAUUUCAUUGGCACCUAAUACUUGUUAAAAAAUAGCAUAAUAUUUUUUUUUUAUUCAACAAAAUUUCUUUAAAUUUGACAACACCUCCCCACCCCCGGUUUGCCCAUCAUUCAUACAUUUUUUAAUACAAUGAUAUUCAAUUUAUCUUUUUAAUUUCAACGCUAAUUCUUUUAUUUUAAUGUUUUUCGUAAAAAUGAAAUUUAUACGUCUUUAAAUUCAGAUUAGAUAUUAAACUCUAACAUUGAAAUCGACUAAAAUGUUCCACAACAUAAAUAUUGUUAAAUGCAUAGAUGAAAUACGUGAAUAUGUGGACACAUUUUAUAUUUGGAUAAACGGUCAUUCGGGUUAUCGAUGUUAAGAUAAAUCGACGCUCUACUAUAUAACUAAUUAAAAAAUAUUAUUGUAUAUUUAAGAUAAACUAAAUGCAAGUUAAUUCUAAGAUGAAUUGUAUCUCGAAUUUGAUAAGAGUAGAAAAGUAUUAUUUUAAAGAAAAAAAUUUCAUCGAAUGAUAAUUUUCAUAAAUUAA